AUGACGACGAAUCUGCUGUUGGUCUGCCCCCGUGUCGCCGACGUAUUGAAAAGCCAUCAACAGAUGUCAUUCAUUCGGCAGCUUCGCAACUACGUCGAAUUCCAACUACAGCAGCAGGGUAACCCUCGUUUGGAAUGGAUAUUCUUUCUCAAAGACCGCGAAAUGUUGUUUUCGCACACGCCGAGAUCACUCAAGAAAUUCCUGCACUCAGUCCCAGCGGAGAUAAACGUUCUCUCAUUUGGAUAUGGCAAUGUGCAGCAGGCACUCGGUAUCUUGGCAAUUCGAGUCGAUUACAGGAGUAUUGGUCUACUUGACUCGGCCCUCGAGCUACUUCAACAGCGACCUGGCUUAACUGAGGCCUCGGCUAUCACAAUUGCUUUGGCAACUCUGAACAACCGCGUGGCCUAUAUCCCGCAAUGGUGGUUCGAGGUCAGAGGCAACUGCCUUGAACCAGCUACAUGGGAGGCGCAAUCUGGCGUGACUCAUGUGGUGAAAGCAGAUGAGCUUUGUUGUGUCUCUGAUCUCUGUCAGGCUGCUCUGAGUGACGUUGCUAAACAGUCCAAGAGAACAGGCAAUCAAGCCAUGGAUUCACAGGCUCCUCUCACGUCUGACUCAGGGUUAUCCGUCGAGCAUGCUGUUGAAGAUUUCUGGACCUGUAUGAAAAAUAUGGACGUUUGUUCUGAGGUCAGUCCGGCUGUCAAUCUUUCAGAGGCUCUAGUAGCGGAGCAGAGCGCUGCAGGAGAAUGCCGGGGUGUGUAA